AUGCUCUCGCGCAUGAAUCCCGCCACGUCCUCGUGGGACGCCCACCGCGAUGUCGAGGCCGUCUUUAUCGCGGACGGCAGAUCCGUGCUGCAGUUCCGCCCGCGCCCCCCCGCGCCCGCCGCCAUGAUGAUCACCGACGACUCGGGCCUCUCCGAGGAAGCCGCGUGCGGCGGCGGCGGCGGCGGAGGCACCAGAGGCGGCGGUGUGGACGGUAAUGGCGACGACGGUGUGCGAGACGGGUCGAUCGUGGAUCCGAUCCUUCAAGUGGAGUCGGAUUGCCAGGUCCACCGGGUUAGCCCGCAUGCCUUCAUCCUCGUGCUUCCAACAGCCGCCACGCAACCGCGCCAGCCCCCUUCCGCCGCGCUCUCGGCGCGUCCGCCGCCGUAUCCGUCCGCCUCGUCCCCCGCGUCUCCGCCGGCCGCGCUCGCGACAGCCUACUCCGUGCGCUUCCUCCUCUCGUCGCAGGCGGACGCCUUCGCGCGCGCCCUCGCCUCCUGGCAGUCGCGCUCCGCGCCCACCUCCGCUGCUGCUGCUGCCACGGGCGGUGCUGCUGCCGCUGCCUCUGCUGCUGCUGCUGCUAGUGGUGGUACUGGUGCUGGUGGCAGGUCAGCAGUGGGAGCGGGAGCAGGCAGCGUGGAUUGUGAAGGAGGGGGCAUUCAUCAGAACGGCGUGGCAUCAGGGGAGGCCCGAGAAGAGACCGGCACUGCUCCAACUGCUCCUGCUCCUGCUGCCGCUGCCGCUGGUGCUGGUGCUGGCGGCGGCAGUGGCGAUGGCGAGGCGGGCGCGAGUGCGUUUGAUCGCAAGAUCGAGGCGUCCAGUGCUAAGAUGUACUUUCAAUACUACGGCCAGCUGCUGCACCAGCAGAACAUGCUGCAGGACUACGUCCGCACAGGCACGUACUACGCGGCGGUGAUGGAAAACCGCGCGGACUUUGAGGGGAAGAUCGUCGUGGACGUGGGCGCGGGCAGCGGCAUCCUCAGCCUCUUCGCCGCCCGGGCGGGGGCGAAGCACGUGUACGCGAUCGAGGCGAGCAACAUGGCGCACCACGCGUCCAAGCUCGCGGCGGGCAACCCGCUGCUGGGCCAGAACAUCACUAUAAUACACGGCAAGGCGGAAGACGUGUCGCUGCCCUUCCAGGCAGACGUUCUCAUCUCCGAACCCAUGGGCACGCUGCUGGUGAACGAGCGCAUGUUGGAGACGUACGUGAUCGCGCGCAACCGCUUCCUCAAGCCCGGCGGCAAGAUGUUCCCCGGCGCUGGCAGGAUCCACGUGGCACCCUUCUCUGACGAGUACCUCUACGUGGAGAUGGCCAAUAAGGCGCUCUUCUGGCAGCAGCGCAGCUACUACGGAGUGGAUCUCACGCCCCUGCAUGGCGACGCACUCAACGGCUACUUCGCCCAGCCGGUGGUGGAUGCGUUUGACCCGCGCAUCCUCAUAGCGCCCAGCACGGCCCACACCAUCGACUUCAGCACUAUCCAGGAGGGUGAGCUGUUCGAGCUGGACAUACCGCUGUCCUUCAAGUCCACCAUGGCGGCGCGCCUGCACGGCCUCGCCUGCUGGUUCGACGUGCUCUUCAGUGGCAGUGUGGUGCAGAGGUGGCUAUCAACAGCGCCAGGGGCGCCCACAACGCACUGGUACCAGCUGCGCUGCGUACUCGCACAGCCGCUCUACGUCUUUGCCGGCCAGCUCAUCACAGGUCGCCUGCACCUCGUUGCACACAGCGCGCAGAGCUACACCAUCCACCUCACCCUCUCCAGUGAGUGA